AUGCGAAACUCCAAAUUAACGACACCACACGAGGUUUCUAUUAGAAACUUUUCAGAUAAUUUCCUUCCUGAUGAUAUUAUACAUGAAAUUAUGAGCUUUCUAACAGGUUGGGAAAUUUUAAAAUAUUGUCCUUUAAUUUCCAAACAAUGGACCUACUUCUUGAUCAACCAAUAUUCUAAACUUUGUUUGGAUUUUCAUCAAAUUAUUCAAGAGGAAAGAGUUCAACACUUGAGAAAUAGUCAAGUGCUUAACUCUAUUCGAAAUGUUAAGGUCAAUUAUGCGAAUCUUAUUAGAGACAAACAAUUUUUAACAGUUUUGUCAUUAAUGAAAAAUUUAACUUGUCUUUCGAUUAAUGAAAAUGGAUUAAAAGAAAAGGAGGCAAAACUAAUCAGCAAACUGAAAGAAUUGACCUAUUUGGAUAUUGGGAAAAAUUCUGUUGGGCGUAAAGGAGCCAAAUAUAUUAGUAAAAUGAAGAAUUUGAAAACAUUGCAAAUACCUUUGAAUAACAUAGGACCUAACGGAGCUAUUUCAAUUAGCAAGAUGAAACAGUUGACUUCACUUGUUAUUUGCUGGAAUAUGAUUGAUUUGGAAGGGUUUGAAGCUAUUGCAAGGAUGAAUAAUUUAAAAUACUUAAAGAUUAGUGGAUAUUAUAACGGUCCAGAGGGCAUGAGACUUCUUUCUAGUGGAUUAGUGAAUUUGACAAGUUUAGAUGUGAGUCGGAAUGAAAUUAAUCCAGAAGGAGCUAAAUAUUUGGGAGAAAUGAAGAAUUUAAUAGAAUUGAGAGCUACCUUCAAUAUUGUUGAAUUGGGAGGAAUUAAAUUUAUAUCUCAACUAAGAAAUCUCACUCUCCUCGAUGUUCAAUCAAAUAUAAUAGAAUCUGAGGGUGCUAGAUUCAUUAAGAAAUUGAAGAAUUUAAAGAUUUUGAAUGUUAGUGCAACAAAGAUGAAUGCAACAGGAGCUAAUUACAUUGGUGAAAUGACACAAUUGACUGAACUAGAUAUUUCUUAUAAUCAUUUUGGUGUGGAAGGUGCUAGAGCAAUAAGUAGAUUGCCCAACUUGGUAAUACUAGAUAUUUCCAGCAAUAAUAUUGGACCGGAGGGGGCAGCCUAA